GUGGGGAUGCGUUAUGACGAACAUUGAUGUGACGGGCAGGAAUUUGUUGCUGUUCGGCAAUCUGUCCUUGAUCCUGCUCUCUCGCCUUGAUUAUCGCAUUCAUUUCAACUUCGUAUCUAGUUUACCUCUUCAAUCUCUCAUCCGAACUCACUGCCGAUUAAUCCUCGACCGUAUACUCCUCGUACUUCCGGCUACUGAUUAUCUUUAGGCUGUCAAGUAUACCAACCCAAUCGCGACAAUUCGAACCGUUCGGGAUUCACGACCUACCACAAUCUUCCAUCACUCUUCAAUUCGACGACGUCGUUCCAGCGGAAGCGCAUUCAAAGCAAGUAACAUCCAGGAUCGCCCUUGAUUCAACCGACCUUGGGCGCAAACACCAGCACACCUCAUACAACUGCCCUGCGCGGAUGAUGGCUUGAAUGGCGUCAGACACGGAACCACAACAUGAACCACAGCAGGAGGAGCAGCGGGAGCUCGCUCUUAACGGCAGAACCGAAGGGGAAGAAGUAACAGAAAACGGAAACGACCUACCUCCACGACCCGCGACACCGUCGACGAAACCAACCACCGGCGCGUGCCCACCGCAAGCGCAACCAUUAUAUUCCAACAAUGACGACGAACGUUCUUCAGACAACGCCCUAGGCACUAGUUCCGCGGACGGCUCCUACCAAGAUGAUGCCAGCUCCGAGCUAGUAACCUCUCCAUCAGUGACGUCGCCGCCCUACUGGGCACACGGACACACCACGCACAGCCAGGGGAGAACGCGACAUGCAAGGACAAUGUCAAGCGUCUCAGCGGAAAGCGAUCUGCUACCGGGGGCCAUCACGCUGCAGGAUAACGAGCACGACGACGGGCCAGACGGGGCGAACGUGUAUGGACGGGACCGCAACCGGGCGUGCUGGGCGAAGAAGGUGGAUAUUGUCGAUUAUAUACUGGUGAAUGGGGGGACGGCUAAUAUUGGGGCGUUCGUGGUUUGGAAUAUCAAGGUUGAGACGUUGAAUGGCUCGCGAAUAAACAUAAGGAAACGAUAUUCCGAGUUCGACAGUCUCAGGAAACGUCUCGUCCAGACUUUUCCGAACUUUGAGGCGGCUGUACCUCUAAUACCUCCCAAGAGCAUCUUACACAGGUUCCAGCCCAAAUUUCUCGAAAAAAGGAGGGCCGGACUACAGUAUUUCUUAAACUGCAUUUUACUCAACCCAGAAUUCUCUGGAUCUCCUGUUUUGAAGGAGUUUCUCUUCUCGUAAGGAUACCGACGAUAAAAGAAAAAAAAAGAAAAAAAAAAUGAGAGAAAAAUGCGCAAGAGACGAUGAACGAACUUUACCAGUUUCGACGAUGAGGCAAUGGUAAUAUGAAUAAUUCCUGACCAGAUCAAGGGUAAUGGCCUGGUUACGAUGACGACGAUGACGACGAUGACGACGAUGACGAUGAUGACGAUGAUGACGGUGAUGAAAGUGAACGAGACAUGGACGUCUUGGCUUAUUGGCUGGAUGGGGACAGGAUGCCCGAGAACCGAGACUCUCGUGAGCAAAACAAUCAGAUGAACUGACGCUACACUAGGGCGUGGAGAGACGUGUCGCAACAAUGCAAAGCGGCUGGAUCCGUUCUACGUUUCAUACAAUAUGUCUUCAAGAUCGGCAUUGCUCUGUUUGACCUUUGGACGUCUGAGAUAGUUAGAGUUUCUGGAGUUCGCUGUGAUUCCGGGUCAAAUGAUGGAAAAUGGGUUUGGCCUCUUCUCUUCCCCCUGCAAUGUAGCUACCACUCGCAGUAUCGCCUUCUAAACCCAGGAUUUCGAUCCGCCGAGAAGCUAUCCACAGUAGGCCAAUCUCGCAGUCGGCUCUGGGCCAGUUUGCUUUGUCCAAAAAUCCAGAUUCACUGUUGGUCUCAG